CGUUCUUCUCUCCCAUUCUCUGUUUUCUCCCGUCAAAAUUUUCCCUUUUCGAAAGCCCACAUUUUCUCCACAAAUUUUCCCUCCCUUUCCCUCUCUCUCUCUCUCUCUCAAGGAAAGAAAUUCGGCAUCCAAAGUUCCCUUUUCUCUUAUUCUUCCUCUCUUCUGCUUCCCAGUUUCGCAUUUGGUUCCGAUUCCUGAAUCAAAACCAUCUAUUUCCCCCGUUUCCUUUCCUCUGUUUCUUCUGCCUUUUGAACACUGCCCAUAGUUUUUAUAUUGCCCGGGAAAGAUGGGGUUUCCGAAGAAGAAAGUGGUGGAUUCCGGGUUGGAAUAUGACGGGAAGAAAUGGGUCAUCGCCGGAAUCUCGAUAAAGCCAUUGAAGCCGGUCAACACGAAGCCCAGAGGCAGAGCAACCGCCACCGGCGGAGGAGGAGAUAAUAAUACGGCCGCUUGUGCCGGCGGGGUCGAGGAAGAAGAGGAGCGUUCAACCACCCCGACAGCGAGGGAGGCAAGAAUACCGGAGAAACUGCCGUGCCCGCCGGCCCCGAGGAAGAGAAGGCCGCUGCCGUCGAAGUGCAAUUACGCCGUCGGGGCCAGAGACUUCUUCACCCCGCCUGACUUGGACUCGGUCUUCAAAUGCUAUGUCGAGAGAGCAAAUUAGAGAAAAUUACUCCACAACAACAAGAAAAUCGUUUGGGCCGCUUUACUUUGUUUUGUCUGUUUUUGCUUGUUAGUAGCCUAGUAGGUAGGGAGGAAAAGUUAGGAGAUGGUGAAGAGUACAAGAUGUACAAAGAACUAUAUAUAUAGUAGUAGUUAUGAAAGAGGUAGUUUAGUUUUUCUUAGUUCCUUCUUCUUUACCUUCUUGCUUCUAAUAUUUGUUGGGCUUUGUUUGAGAGACCUUGAUGUUUGUGGUUGUUCAAGUUAAAUGAGAAGGAUUAGUUUCUCUUCUUCACAUGAAAGUUCUCUCCUUUUGUGGGUUUGUAGGAAAGAUUGUCCCUUUCUUAAUGGUUGAGAUUGCUGAAUCUUGUGGUUUGAUAGUUUUAGUUUGGUUUGACAUCUACCCUUGUCAAUUUUUCAAGUGAUAGUUCUCUUCUUUUGUGGGUUUGUUGGAAAGGUUGCUACUUUCUUUGUCCUGGCCAGUAUUGAAGCCUACCCUUCAGCAUCAACCUACAAGGAGGAUUAGAGUCAUAUUGCUACUUUCUUGCUUGGUGUUUCUCAAAGUGAGUAUGAAAUAUGGAGCACUAUGAAGUAUGAAAUGCAAUAUGACUCUAACUUGGAAGAGUUAAGGUGAAAGAGAGAGAGUGUGUGGGGUUCUUGUAUUGAAGUGGGUGAAGUUAUUAUUCUUGCACUAUUUUAACAGACAUAGCUAGCUCAUGCCAUUGAAGUCUGAGAAAGAGUUUUCUUCAAUUUCUAUGUUUGCAAAUUUCUAUGUGUUGCUAUUGUUAGGGUAUUUAUCUUGUGACCCUAUAGCUGAGGUAACAGUGUCACUGUACAUCACUGGUAUCUAGAGGCUAUAGUAGUAUAUAUGGAGUGGUAGGGUUUUGUGGGUAAGAGAAAAAGAGGGAGCAGAGUUUUUUUUGUAGUUAUGUGGAAUUUUGGGGUUGAGUCUGGUCAGGACUCAGGAGUCAGGGGGGAGGACACAGGACAAGAGUGCUGGGCUUGAAGGCAGCCAGCCUUCUUGUGUUAAAUUUAUUUCAUAUUUCUAUUAUGAUGUAGUACUGUUUCCUUACAUGCAUACAAAUCUAUCCAUUCAUCACAAAACCCUCCAAGGGUACAAAUUUACUGGUUAAACCGCGUAUUAUUGACUUAAGUAACGAUUUUGUUUGUUGAACCACUAAUGUCAUCGAUUUGAUCUCCGGUAGGGUAGAACGGGAACCUAGAGAUAGAAAAGUGAGGUAUGUGAGUGAGGGGGGCAGAGAAUCCAUUUGGAUGCUUGUUCAUUUUGGUUUUCUGCCUCUGGGUUCUGCUGCUACUGCCCUAAACCCUAAUCAUUCAGCCUUUGCUUAUCCAAUCCUCUUUCCCUCUCUCUCUUACCAUAUUAUUGUGUUUCAUUCUGCAGUUGCAGUGGUAUUUUUGAAGCCUUCAGUAAAUCUAUCUUAACUUUCUUUCUUCUUCUUCUUCUUCUUCUUCUCCUUCUUCACUCCCAAGUGGGAGACACAUACCUCAUUUCUCAUGCUUAUUUUUAAGCCCUUCUUAUCAAUUUCCUCACUAAUCAACAUUAUUAUCAUUAAAUAACCAAAACCCAUUUGUUAAACAUAUAUGUAUACGUAUGUGCCUAUGUCAUAAUGGGUAAGCGUGUCCCUCUUUUCUUGUUGGUAAGGUAGGUGAGAGAGAGGAUUGGUUUAAGAAUUCCAUUACCACCAUUUCUCUAUGGGUCAAGAUUGGAUUAAAGAAUGUUUUGAACU